UGCUUUCCGCUGCGAGCGUAAUUUCAAGCCAGACCGUCGGUCAUCUCCAUGUCUAGCAGAGGCACCUGCAAACCACCACUACCUUCCCCACCAUUAUCCCCAUCACACAUCUUUAUAUAUCGGCUGAUCACCAUCGACCAUCAUCGCUGACCCUAUUGUCUCUGUAUCAUCUUAACCCUCUUUCCGUCCUCACCAUCUCUCCACGACUCCCUUUCGACACACUCCUCACGCUCCUGUUCACCUUCCCACGGUCUUUACCUUCUCUCGUACACUCGGUCUCCCACACUCCCUACAGAUCUAUAGACAGCAUCUUCAACCUUUGCCCCCUCACGUUGUGACAAUCAUCAUGCCGCCAUCUGCAAACACAGCCAGUUAUCUCAGCCACCGUGGCUCGUUCUACAACCGAUGCCGUCAAGACUCUGCCGGGUCGAAUUCGAGCUCGGGCAGUGUCAGAGGGAAGCGAAAGGCACCUGCAGGAAGGGUAUCGGGCACUCCAUCCUCGCUGCAACGCGCAGCUAUCCUGGCUGCCUCACAAGAACUGGCGCGUCAGGAAGGCUCCCAAUCCACCUUUUCCGAAUCGUCUUCAUCUGGCUCCUCUGUUACCUCUCUCUCGACCACGAACAGCAUGGCCAGCGGCAGCAAGGUCAAAAUUGAGUCGAUGCGACCAUCGGAAUCGGCACGGAGCAUCUUGUUGGAGAAUGAGUACCAAGAAGAGGCCAUCAAGCACAUGUUUGCUAUGGAGGCACAAACGAUGUCGUCGCUCGAGCUCAUGGACGUGCAGCCAGAGCUGCGUUGGUUCAUGAGACCGUAUCUUGUCGACUUUCUCAUCGAGAUUCACCAGACCUUUGGCCUUCGCGCCGAGACGCUCUUCCUCACCCUCAACAUUGUCGACCGCUAUGUAUCCAAGCGCAUCGUUUACAAGCGGCAUUAUCAGCUCGUCGGCUGUGCAGCACUGCUCAUCGCUGCCAAGUACGAGGACUCAAAGGACCGAGUUCCAACCAUCCAGGAGCUCAGCCAGAUGUGUUGCAAUGCCUACGAUGAGUCAGCAUUCACCCAGAUGGAGGGGCACGUCCUCGCAACCAUCGGCUGGAAUUUGGGCCACCCGACUGCGGAAGCUUGGCUUCGCAUCGCCUGCGUCAAGUCCGCCGAGAGUCACAGUGCACAGAGCAUUGCCCGCUUCCUAAUGGAGCUCAGUUUGUUCCACCGUGAUUUUAUCGCUAUCACGCCGUCUGCUCUUGCCACCGGUGCACUUAUCUUGGCUCGCUACAUCUGCCUUAGGGACAACAAUGAGUUUGAGAAGGGCGUCACCGAGGAGGCAGCAGGCGCUGCCCGCCUCCUGGAUGCAAUCCUGAGCGAGAACCUUCAGGACGUCUCGUCGAUCUUAACCAAGAAGUACUCCAGCUCGGCAUUUGGCGACGCCUCUGCUCGUGUGCGCAGCUACUAUCUCCGCAACACGGCUGCAUCAACUGCUAAGGCAUCUUCACCUGCGUCGCGCGUUACCCUCCUUCCCGCCCAGAUGGUUGGCAGCUCAUCCAGCUCUCGAGGCGAAUUCGAAGAUGAUGACAACUCGGAGCGUUCACGGUGCACCACACCGUCCUCGAUGGCAUCAACCCCUUCGCGUUGCGGUGUGGAUGAAGACGAUGACGACGAUGACAUGCCUCUCACGCCGUUGUCUUUGCAUUCUCUUCACGAUCCGCUCGGCGCCGCUCAGAUUGCAGCGGGGAUGCAGGCGCACGCCGUGACGAACGCCGUCAAGGGCAAGGAGAGCAUGCUUCCAGCCAGCUCUAGCCACGACGCCAUGUCUACCAAGGCAUCCUUCCUCGGCAACGGCGGCCUCACCGCUCCGGCAGCUGCCGCGACACGACCGCCUCUGCGCAGCGUCAGCUGGGACUGCAACAUGCAAGCAUGACUGAAUCUCAAAAGUGCAUUCUCCUGCAGCUGUGUACACGCGUACGCACGGACGCAAGAACAAGACAACCUUGUUGUGACCUCUGCAUCAAUCCCACUGU